GAAGAGGGCUGCCGCCUGAUUUCACUCCCAAGUAAAUGUUUGACUGGAUGUUUGCCUCAUCUCUGAGUCUAGGUCUACAGAGCAAACUGGGGAGAAUAUGAGCUCAUAGGAAGCCAUCAUAGCUCCUGAGGAACGGAGAAGCCCCGGGACAGCAGCAUCUACCUACAGUGGUAGUCCUUCUUCAGCAAGAUGCUUGCUGCCAGCGCAAGGACCAGGCAGCUAAAUGUCACCUGUGACAACUUAGUGGACGGGGAGGUCUUCCUCCAUUACUCUCUCAUUCCAUCACUCUUCAUCAUUUUGGUCUUAUCUUUCUUCCAAAGACGAGAGCAUCGUAGACAAAGUGAUGACACCUCCUACCUCCUGGGGAACCGCUUUGGAAUCAUCAUGCCUCUGGACUUCGUGGGGACUUUUAGUAACCGAUGGUCCUAUGGAGUUGCCUUUGGGGCCACAGCCAAUAAGGUCAUGUUCUUGUUCUCAGAAGGCUACCAGCCCCUGAAGGUUCCACAGUGGGCCCAAGCCUUUGUGCUUCUCAUCGGAGGCAUGGAAGUCGGUCUCUCCUACUUCCCCUUCUUUGCCUGCCUGUCCUCAGAGUUCCAGCUGGUCAGCUCCAUCUUGGGCUUCGGGUACUCCCUGACCUGGUUUGUGGUUACUGUUCUUCAGAUCUUACAGUGUCCCCAUGGGCAGGAAGAAAAGUCGCUGCUGGAGGCUCACCAGGAAAAGCACGUGAAGCAGCUCUUGAGCAAGCCCCGCCCACAAGAAGGAGAAAAGUCUUGGUUUCAAACCAGGGUGUAUGAGUGGGACCCGUGCUUCCAGUUCCCCAGCAGGAUGAUUGGCACCCUCGUGCUGGCGUUCAUCUGCCUCUACCUCUUCAUCGUCAUUGAGUUUUGUGUAUUUCUACACGUGAGAGACGAGCUGGACGUGUUUGAAGACAAGCUGCAGAGCUACCUCACCCACAUGAACGAGACAGGGACCCUGACCCCAGUCAUCCUACAGGUGAAAGAACUGAUCAGCGUCAGUAAAGGAGUGUGGGUGGUGACCAUUUUGCCUGCUGCCCUCACGUGUGUCACCUAUCUCUUCCACAUUUUGGCCUGUUACAGAAAGCAUAUGAAGAGGCUAUGGGCUGGAGACAAAUACUUCCUUCCUCAGAAGUCCCACAGUCCCUCUUCAGCAGCGAGUGUGGUGGCCAUUGCAAGGUACUCUGGCUGGCAAAUAGCCUACAUCCUCUGGGGCUACCUCAUCAUCCAUGUGGUACAGAGCCUCUGUGGUGUGAUGCUCAUGUAUGGCCUGGUGCUGCCCAUCAUCCACCACCAAGGCCUGGAGAUGCUGCGAGGACUUGGCCUUGGGGUCCUCACCCUAUCCAUAGCUGUGGGCCUUAUAAUUCUACAAGUGUGGAUUGCUGGCACAUUCUUCCUGCAGCCCAAGCUGGGCCCAGCUGACAAGCAGAAGCCCCUGGCUCUCAAUAACAGGAAAGCCUUCCACAACUUCAACUACUUCCUGUUUUUCUACAACGUGCUGCUGGGCCUGGGUGCCUGCCUCUCCAGGCUGCUCAUCAGCUGCCUCCUGGGCACAUGGCUGAUUGCACGCAUCGACAGGACCAUCAUGCAAAGCGGCUAUGAGGGUGCAGACAUGGGCUUCGGUGCAUGGAUCGGGAUGCUCUUUGUGGACCAUUACCACACCAACCCUGUGCUGGUCAGCUUUUGCCACAUUCUGAUCACAAGCCACAAGGAUGGAAAGCUGCAGAAGACUGCGAAACAUGGGUGCCCAAACCAGUCCGCAGGUCCCCGAUUCUCGGCCAGGGCCAGAACGAGGUGGUUCCUGCUGCAGACGCUGAUCAACAACCCCAGGCUCGCCAUGCUUAGAAAAUCAAAAUCAGGCCAUAGUUUCAGAGAGUUCACACAGAUUCUGCUGACCUGCUCAGACUGCUGAUUGGGCCACCAGCUUCAGCUCCGAGGCUAGGCCAUCAUCCCCUUUCACAAGGGACUCAGGCUAACUAUCAGCCAUUCCCUACCAUGGGACAGGAUGACAUGGGCACUGUUCAUGCACAUGAUAGACAGCACUGAUCACUUGUGCGAUGGCCAUGUAGACCAAUGGUUUAAGCCUAGAAUGCUCUCAGUCCCUUGGCCAAAAAGAAAAACAAUAUAAAAAGCAAUGUCUGUUGAGUGAAUUUCGCCUCAGUGACCUCCACUAUUUGUGGGAAGGCCGCCAUGGGGGUCACCUGCUAAGAAGCAUGAAAGAGAGGCUGGAUAAAUGAGACGGCUCGGGUCGAGUGCAUUUGCAGGGGACUCGGGUUUGGUUCCCAGCGUCCACGUUGGGCAGCACACAAGUGUCCGUAACUCUAGCUCUAUGGGAUCUGACCCAUUUCUGGCCUCUUCAGGCACCUGCACAAAUGUGGCAGACACAUAUACGCUUAAGUAAAAAUAAUUAAAAAAAAAACGAAUCUUUAAAACAUUUUUUAAAAGAAGUGAUGGAGUGAAUUCCUGCCUUAUGGCCUGCUGGAAAUGGAAUCAGGGAUGACCUAGGCCUUCCUCCUAAAGAUAGUCUGAGUCUAUCUGUGGGAUCACCGACGGAAGCCAAGCAGACAUGGAAUAAUAGGCCAGCAUCCCAGGUGGAGAGCAGCACUACUAAGGCUGUGUGGGCAGGAGACCCAAGGCAUUUGAUGAUGGCGUUCAUGUUGGGUACACAUGCUGGAAGAAGAUGAAGCUUAUUCAAAAGACAGAAGUGUCAGGCUGGGAGGUGUGGACAAUGCCCUUAGGCAGAGCUCAGAGCUGCCCAAAUUUUCAUGCUCAAAAUGGCCCAGCAGAGAUACAGUCUGACCAUUGAAAGUCUCCCCUGAGCCUGAGCAAGUGCCAUGAGGACUCAAAGUCUCCAAGCGCUUGUUGCUCCGUACACUUGGUCCUGCUGGCGCAUGCACCAGGGUUAUCCCUUUUAGAUGAAUCUUUACAACAGCUCUUUGACUAUUUGUUUUGAGAAGCUGAGAAAAUGAAGAGCCCCCUCCCCUCCACCCCCCACCCAACACUUUCUAGCUCUGUGACCAAAUGACUUUGUCUUUCUCUAUUCACAGAUACCUCUAUCUGCAAAAGGGGCCAACAUCCCAACUCUGUGUAUCAUCUUGAGGAUAAAAUUAUUCAAAGCACACAGACACCUUUAAGCUUGUGCCCGGCACUCUAAACACUCAAAAGCAGAGAUUCAACUUUGGUUGUCUCUAUGGUUUGAGUGUAAGCAGUGUCUCCCAAAGACCCAGGAACCUGUUAGGACUCUAGUCCCUAGGAUGGCACUAUGCAGAGGGGUGAGGCCUUUGGGGGUAGUGCCUACUAGGAGGUCCUUAAGUCACUGGAGGCAUGUCCUUAAAGGAGAUCAUGGGACUCUGGUCUUUUUGUUUCUUAGCUGAUCAAAUGAGUGUUUUUGCUCACUAGACAUUCCCACCACACUUGAUAUGCUGCCUCAUUAGAAGCUAAAAUCAAUGGAACAUUCCUUCAUAGACUGUGGCUUCCAAAACCAUGAGCUCAAAUAAAUAUUUUCUC